AUGGUCGCAGACUUCAUUUCUGCUGACUAUGGCUACUUGCGCUCGCCGGAUGGAACCGAGGAGGCGCGGGUGCUGUUUCCUGCUGGGGCACAUCGGGAGGGUUAUUUUACGAAUGAAGAGAUAUUGAAGCAGGCGAGGAAGGCGAUGGGGAUCCUCGAGAAAUAUUACCCAGACGAGGACCACGUAUUCGUAUUCGAUAAUGCGACGACGCACCUAAAGCGACCUCAAGGGUCACCGAGCGCCACCAAAAUGACGAAGGGGCCGUCGAAGGAUUUUGGCGUUGACGUGAACGUUUUGGGCGAGGAUGGAAAACCUAUUUAUAACGAGAAGCGUCAGCCUAUCAAGAAGAGGGUUCGCAUGGAAAAGGGGCGGUUGGAUGAUGAGAACGAGCAGGACUUUUACUUUCCAGAUGACCAUUCCGAGUUCCCUGGAUACUUCAAGGGCAUGGCACGGAUUCUCGAAGAGCGUGGCGUGGACGUGAAGGGGAAGAAGGCUCAAUGUGGCAAGGCCUUCUCCGAUUGCCCCAAGGGCGCUACCGACUGCUGCUGCCGUCGCAUGCUGUACAACCAACCGGACUUCGUUAACGUCGAAUCCAUUUUGGAGUCGGUGUGUCGAGAGCGGAACGUACCGGUGGUGUUUCUGCCGAAAUUUCACUGCGAGCUGAACCCCAUUGAGCAAGUAUGGGGUGCGGCGAAACGGUACUAUCGGCUUUUACCUCCAUCGUCGAAGUUCGAGGACCUUCGUCAAAACCUUCUCGAAUCCCUUGAAUCUGUCUCUGUGGAUCAUAUGCGAAGGUUCGUGACGCGAACCUCGCGGUUCAUGGAUGCGUACCGCAAAGGGUUGAAUGGAAGGCAGGCGGCGUGGGUUUCACGCAAGUACCGUGGACACCGUGUUGUGUCGGAGUCAAUUCUAAAAGAAAUGGAUAACGCUAAAGUUGUAUAA